UCCCUUUCCCCCAAAGCCUCUCACACCUGCUGCUCUCGCAGCCACUCGUGCAGGGCUGGACCAGGAAGCGAGGCAGGGCGCAUGUCUGCAGCUCCUGAGCUCCCCAGUCCUCUGGAAUUCAGACAGGAAACACAAUGAGAAUGGAGCAAGGAGAGACAUUUAUGACAAGUGGGAAAUUCUGCUUUGCCAGGAUGGGAGCCCUGCUGGCUCUGUGCCUCCUGCAGCAGGCUCGAGGUCAUGUUCGACUUCUCCCUCCCCAAAAUGUGACCCUGCUGUCGAAGGAUUUUGCCAUGAUUUUGGCCUGGGCUCCAGGGGAAGGCUCUCCCCCAGACGUGACCUACACUGUAAGGUAUGAAAGCCAGGAUCGCCUGGACAAAUGGAAGAAGGUCCCUCAUUGCAGAAACAUCCCCAGAGCCUUUUGCAAUCUGACUUGUGCCCUCCCCAACCUCUACGUUAAGGUCCGGGCUCGGGUGAAAGCGCUUUGGGGACGGUCCCAGUCGCCCUGGGUGAAAUCCCAGUUCAAGGAUUACUACUCUGAUGUGGAACUGGCGCCCCCUGUGCUGAGCCUGAGCCUCAGGGACGAUUCCAUCCUGGUCAGAGCCUCCUUCCCUCUGCCCACCUGCGUGGAGAGCCUCACCUGGAAGUACGACCUGAACCUCUGGGAAGCAGGCUCUCAAGAUAAGAAGAAAUAUGAAGGUUACUUCAGGAAGGACACAGUGACCAUCAACACCACUGCUCUCAGAGGCAAUUACUGCUUCAGUGCCAGGGCUCUCUUUGAAAGCAUCAACCUGAAGCACAGCGAAUUCUCCCAGCCUGUGUGUGUGCUACUAAACCACAGAGCAGUGGACUGGAAGUUCUCACUCCUGGUUGUGAUCCUUCUGUUUGUCCUCUCCAUCUUUGUGGCCAGUCCCUUCCUCUGCUGCCUGGUGAAACACGAGGCCAAGCAAAGGAAGAUGCCUCAGGUUUUGGAUUUCUCUCAAUUUAAAGCUGCUGGACCAACCUUCUGCUUGGAGCUCAGUGAAAAAGAAUUCUGCAGUGAUGAUCUGAACUGCAUAGAGAAGCCAGUGCCCCAAAGGAGGACAAGCAGAGCUUUAGGAGGACACCAGCGGCCAUGGAUGGCUUCUUUCCCAUCAUCAUCAUCAUCGGAGGAGGAGGAGGAGGAAGAAGACAGCAGCACUUUGAUCCCAUACCAUAAAAUGCCAAAGAGACAUCUCAGCAUUCAGCCAGCCCCAGCAGCUCUGAGGGAAAGCAGCUUGGGCUCAGGAUCUGGCUCUGGGUCUGUGCCUGACCUCAGAGCCCUGGGCUUUGCUCUCUUUGCAGAGGGGCAGGUGGGCACCUCGGGGCCCCAGGAGGAGACACCCCUUUACCUCUGCUCCUCCUUGGGAAGGAUUUCCCUCACUGAUGUCAGAUUCCCAGCUGCCAGUGAGCAGGGACUGAUGGGAACAGGGAUCCAUGGAAACGUGGGUGAUGGGGACAGGGACAGGCUGGGGACGAGCCCCCUGCAGCCCCUGCUGGGGGGGAUCUGUGCUGACCCUGCUGAGCUCCACCUGCACAGGAAGGCUCCUCAUUUCUGCAGGGAUUCCCAGAAAUCCCUCAUGGAUCUGCAGCUCCCAUCCCAGCACAGAGAGGAUCCCAGCAGGCAGCUGCUCAUCCCCUUGUGGACACUGCAGGUGGCAGAGGACGAGGGCAUUGCAAGUGACUGUGGCAGUGACAGUUGUACAGAAGAGACACCACCUGGCUCUGCAGUGCUGAGUGAUGCUUUGGAGACAUCAAAUACAGAGGAAAAAUAUUAUCCAAAGUCACAAUUCCCAGGCUACCAGCACUCACAUUACUUGGGAAGGAUCUAAAGCACCCAGCAGGUCUGGGGAGUGCCUGGAAAAUGCUGGAGAGCUCCAAGCAAAGAUCCUUGAACAAGGACAAAAAAAAUAUGUCUGGCCUAUGAAGGCAAUGGCUUUAGGGACACAAAAAGUGCAUUUGAUUGCUGAGUCACCUCUGUACUGUCACUGUCCCUCUGAUAUGUGCCCAGGCUGCAUCUCUGAGGGACCACCCAGCAAACAGGCACUGCCUGGGGGUCACCUGGGACUCCAGAGGAGGGAACUGCUGCAUGUGGAACAUGAGCCCUGGGUGGGAGCAUCAGCCUGGAAAUGCACUGUUGUGCCUGCACGUGGACUGGGAGCAGAUUUGGAACUGCUUCGUGUCACCUGUGCUUCCCUGUAAGUGCAGAGCUUGACUGGAAGCUCCUUACAGAGACAUUCAGCAAGAUCUGGUUUUUGUGGCAUAAAAAUGAAAAGUUCUCCACCUCAUUCUGCAGAAUCACCUUCUGUGUUCCAACAGAGGGAACUGAAGCCAAAGGGUGCAGCACGUUUGUUUAUUUAUUUUUUAUUUUAUACUUAUUGAAGCUGAAAUUCCUGCUGUGCAGAAUGUCUGAGAGCAAUAAUAUUUUUAUAUAAAUCUCCA